GCCCGGGAGAAGCGGCCCAGGAGGCGACUCCUGUGCUCUCUGGCCGUGCCACCUGCCCGCUCCCUCGCCGCGGUCGCGCUCGCCAUCGCCAGCAUGUUGCCGAGACUGGGCGGCCCCGCGCUGCCGCUGCUCCUGCCGCCGCUGCUGCUGCUGCUGGGCGCCGGCGCGCGCGCCGAGGUGCUGUUCCGCUGCCCGCCCUGCUCGCCGGAGCGCCUGGCCUCCUGCCGGACCCCGGCGCCCGGCACCGGGCGGCCCUGCGUGGAGCUGGUCCGGGAGCCGGGCUGCGGGUGCUGCUCCGUGUGCGCCCGUCUGGAGGGCGAGACGUGCGGCGUCUACACCCCACGCUGCGCCCAGGGGCUGCGCUGCUAUCCGCACCCGGGCUCCGAGCUGCCCCUGCAGGCGCUGGUCCAGGGCGCCGGCACUUGCGAGAAGCGCCGUGACUCCGACGGCCCCGAGCAGGGUGCAGAUGGCAAUGACCACGUAGAGGUGGAAGACGGGACCAUCGUGGGAGGCGGAGGCGGCGCCAGCCGGAAGGCCUUCACCUCGGGCAUGAAGGAGAUGGCCGUGUUACGGGAGAAGGCCACCGACCAGCACCGCCAGAUGGGCAAAGGGGGCAAGCACCAGCCUGGCCCGGACGACUCCAAGAAGCUUCGGCCCCCAUCUGCCAGGACCCCCUGCCAGCAGGAGCUGGAUCAGGUUCUGGAGCGGAUCUCCACCAUGCGCCUCCCAGAUGAGCGGGGCCCUCUGGAGCACCUCUAUUCCUUGCACAUCCCCAACUGUGACAAGAACGGGCUGUACAAUCUCAAACAGUGCAAGAUGGCUGUGAAUGGGCAGCGUGGGGAGUGUUGGUGUGUGAACCCCAACACCGGGAAGCUGCUUCAGGGAUCCCCUACAGUCCGUGGGGACCCGGAGUGUCAUCGCUACUACAACGAGCGGAUGCAGUAAACCACAGCCAGCAGGUGCCUGGCUCCCCCCACCGCCUCUCCAAACACAAGCAGAGAGAGGAAAGUGCUUGGGUGGUGGGUGGGGAGGACCCCCCAGGAGUUCUGACACAUGUAUUUAUAUUUGGAAAGAGACCAGCACUGAGCUCGGCACACCGGCUGCCUCUCCCCUCCCAGUAAGAGGGGCUGCACGGCCCCUGCUGGAGCCCCCGCUGGGAGGAAGGGGUGCUUGCAGAGGCAGAGGUGGGGUCCAGGUUUGGGAGGGGGAAAACAAAUUUUUAUUUUUGAACCCCUGUGUCUCUUUUGCUUAAGAAUAAAG